AUGGAAGCCGGACCUUCCAAACCCUCCCGCUCUGGCAGCAGCUCCAAGCGCAGCAAGUCGAAGGGCGAGAAGAAGGAAUACCACAGUCAGGAGGCGCUCGAUAAGCAGUUCCAUUCGAUCAAAUCCGCCACCUCACUUCCAGGCACCCUUGACCGUUCCGCCCCCGCCGCUGUCCGCGAUGCCAAACUUCCCAAAUCAGUCACAAGCGUCAAGGACAAGAAGCUCAAGAGCAAGCUCACACACCAGCAUCUCUCACAGAAGCGCGCCGCCGAAUCCGCACGUCUCGCCAAUGAGUACCUCAACACCUCCGCUCCCGGUGAGGGCGCAGGAAUGAUCGAGACCGAGGGCGAGCUCGAGCGUACGUUCAAAGUGACUCAGGCGCAGAUCAAGGACAAUGUCGGUAUUGAUACCGCCAAGAAAGGGUUCGAGCUGAAGCUGGAUGGGGGGAAGCAAGGUGUUGGGUUGGGCCCGUACAGGUGUGACUACACCAGGAACGGAAGGCAUCUUGUCAUCGGUGGAAGGAAAGGUCACUUGGCGGCGUUCGACUGGCAGACAGGAAAGCUGAGCUGCGAGAUCCAGGUUAGGGAGACUGUCAGGGACGUCAAGUGGUUGCACAACAACAGCUUCUUUGCAGCGGCGCAAAAGAAGUACGUCUACAUUUACGACGACGCAGGCAUCGAGAUUCACAAGCUCAAGAAUCAUACCGACGUCAACCGGCUCGAGUUCUUGCCCUACCACUUUCUGCUUGCAUCCGUCGGUGCCACUGGCUACCUCAAGUACCAGGACACUUCGACAGGUACCCUCAUCAGCCAGCACCGUACCGGAUUGGGCAACUGCAACACGAUGACGCAAAACCCGCUCACUGCUGUUCUGCAUCUCGGCCACACUAACGGUACCGUAACCAUGUGGACGCCCAACCUCUCGACACCGGCGGUGAAGAUGCUAGCGCACCGCGGACCUGUGACGGGCAUCUCGAUCGACUCGCGCAACGGCGGUCGCGACAUGGCGACGUGCGGCAUGGAUGGAACGAUCAAAGUGUGGGACACGCGCAUGUUGGGCAAAGGCCCACGCCGAGAAUGGCAGGCACGUCGACCCGCUUCAGAUUUGCAGUACUCUCAACGUGGACUGCUCGGUGUAGCAUGGGGCCCGCACGUUUCGGUGUACGACACGAACGCUGCGCUUGGAAACGCUCCUCCCGGCCCGUACAUCACCCAAGGCUUCCCACGCUCUGAACCGCUCCAGGUCAAGUUCUGCCCCUUCGAAGAUGUUCUGGGCGUUGGUCACGCCGGUGGCUUUACGAGCUUGCUCGUCCCCGGUGCGGGUGAGCCCAACUUCGACUCGUCCGAGCUGGACCCCUUCGAGACACGCAACGCCCGUCGUGAGCGCGAAGUGCAUCAGUUACUCGACAAGAUCUCGCCUGACCUUAUCUCGAUCGACCAGUCCAUCUUGGGUUCUAUCCAUGUCGCCGAGACCAACGUCUCCGCUGCGGAACAGGACCGCAUCUUGGCCGAGAUGGCGAAACGCAACCCGGACGCCGUCGCGCGCAGCGCAGACGGACGUGCCUAUUCGCAGCUCUCGCGCAUCGAGCGGAUGCAGCUCGACAACCCGGAUGCUUCGCCACUGGCAUUCGACGAGGACGGUGAAGAGUACACGGCUGCAGCGACAGGCUCGCCGGCGGCCAAGAUCGCCGCGCACGACGCACCCAAGCCCGUCAAGGAGAAGAACCGUAUGAGGGGGAAGAACAAGGCGCUCAGUAGGUAUUUGAGGAAGAAGCGCGAGAACGUGAUUGAUCCGAACAGGAUUGCGGUCAAGGCGAGGAUGGAGAAGAUGAGGAAGGAUCAGGAGCAGCAGAGGAAGCGUAAGGCUGCGGCGGGGAUCGCGGAGAGCGACGAGGGCUUUUCUGCGCUUGACUUGUUCAACAGACGUUCCUAG